GGUACCGCCAUGUAGCCCCUGGCUUGCCAUAGAUCGUUCGAUUAUGGUCUCGACAAUGAUGAGUUGGGAGAGCCGGCGCCCAUCCUUGUUCAAUACCAUUUUCUUCUCUCUUUUCUUUCUCUCAUCUCCCUCUCUUUUUUCGAAUCUCAACAUCAAGCCUUUCAUUCAACGGUGACAUUCGUGCCGUGCAAACAUUUGUUUGCGUCCUGUCUUUGACAAUCACACCAAUUCCAUCACAAUCUUUACCUGCUUCGGCCACUCCACAUUCAUUCAUUUUUGUUUAUAUCCUUAAUUAUAAUGUACUCAUCAAAAUCCUUUACUGUGGCUGCGGCUGCGUUUUCACUAAUAGGCCCUUCUGUCGCACUCUACGAUGCAUCAUCACCAGCAAAUUUGGCCUUGUAUUGGGUAGGUCUCAUGAUUAGAUCAAAAGAUUAUUACUGACCAUGGCAUAGGGUUCCGGGCCAUCUCAAACAAAUCUUUCAUAUUAUUGCGAGCAAUCUACAAUUGACAUCAUUCCAUUAGCUUUCAUGAAUGUAUUCCCUGCACAAGGUGAUGGUUAUCCAGCGGAGAACUUUGGUAACGCUUGCUAUGGUCAACCAAUCUUUACACCAGGCCCAGGUUAUCCAUUAGAAGAUGUCGAUACGUCGAAAGAUCAACUCUACGUACAAUGUCCGGGCAUUCAAGAGGGAAUCCCAUACUGUCAAUCGUUAGGAAAAAAGAUAUUACUUUCUCUUGGAGGAGCUUCGAACACCUAUCAACUCACAGGCGUAGCUGACGGAGAAUACUUUGCCGAUUUCUUGUGGGGAAGCUAUGGACCUUUCAAGCAAUCAUGGCUGGAUAAUGGUGGAAUUAGACCAAUGGAUGGGGGUUACUAUGGCACCGAUCCCAAUAUUCAUAUCGAUAUUGAUGGAUUUGAUUUCGAUAUAGAGAUCGCUUCUACUGGUAAGUCAGACUGUUGAAACGUAGGUAUUAAUCAACACUAACAUCAAAUAGAUUCAUCCGAAGGUUACAUUGCAAUGAUCAACAGACUCCGAGAGCAUUUCGCCGAAAACCCUUCAAAGAAAUAUUUCAUUUCAGGAGCUCCACAGUGUCCUUUACCCGAACCAAAUAUGGGAACCAUGAUUGCUAGUGCGAAAUUUGAUCUUUUGUGGAUUCAAUUCUAUAACAACGGUCAAGCUCAAUGCACAGCUCGUCAGUGGACCGAAAAUUAUGCUAUUACAGGACAAAAAGAAUCCGAGGAAUUCACAUACGAUGAAUGGAUUGCGACUGUAAAUAGUGGCGCAAGUUCUGGUGCUUCAAUCUACAUUGGUGUCCUCGGCUCUCCUUUAGCAGGAACCGCAACUGACUACAUUUCUCCACUCGAGGCUCGGACUUUGAUUGAGUCCUAUCAUGACAAGCCUCAAUUUGGAGGUGUCAUGAUUUGGGAAGCGACGUAUUCCCAAGAGAACACGGAUGCAGAACUUAAUGGAGAUACUUACCAUGGAUUCAUUAAAUCUUGUUUGUCUCCUUAUGCACCUCCCCCACCGACCUCGAUAUCCUCCGUGGUAUCCAGUGAGAUUGCUAGUAGUUCCAGCUCCACAUCAGAAGCUUCUAUCACUUCUAGUGCAACUUUGUCGAUUGAAUCAUCUGCUUCCGCGAGCAGUACUUUGAUUUUGAUCUCAUCUGCUUCGAUUCCGAUUUCGAUUUCGGAAUCUUCUGCCGCAGCUUCUUCGACUUCAUCAACUUAUUCGUCACAAUCAUCUGCUGCGGCAUCCUCCACUUCACUGGAAGCUUCAAUCACUUUUUCAUCUACUUUGACAUCAGCUGCAUCGACAUCUACCGUCCAAUCUUUUUCAUCAUCAGAAUCUUCUGCUUCGAGGUCAUUGAUUUCUUCGACAGUUUCCUCUGCAUCAGAAUCUUCUACUGCACAAUCGUCAAGUGCUUCAGGUUUGUUGAUUUCUUUGACAGUUUCCUCCGCAUCGGCUUCCCCAACUCAGGCAUCAUCCGGUUAUUCAGUUCCGGGCUAUUCUCAAAAUGCAACAUCCACUUUGACCCCUUCGCAAAGUCUUUCCUCUACAUCGAACAGUGUCACUACAAGCAUUAGUUCAAAUUCUCAUUCGCCUGAACCAUCCUCUGGUUAUACUGUCCCACCAUACUCAUUUAACAAAACUAUCAGUGGUGUCUACUCGACUAAACCAUAUUCCACUAAGUCUGUCGUGACAGGUACUGGGGCAUCUAGCAAACUACGCCCUACCAAGUCUCUGGGAAGUGGAGUGAAAUCUUGCAAGGGUAGAACCAAGACCAGGACAAAGACCUCAUCUUCUGGCCUAUCAGGGUCCGCUAGUUCCUCCAUCAUCAUCCCAACUACUGCACCAUAUGGAAAUAGUACUUACAGUCAAUCCAGUACUAGCCCAGCUUCAAGCUCCACAACUUCCGCGGGAGGAGUUGCUGUAUCGUCAGGUAGUGCCAGCAAGACCGGAUAUAUUCCAACCGAAUCAACUAAAGUCGGAUCGUCGAGUACUGGCGUCGGUGGAAUAUCAUCGGGAUCGAUUACAAGCAGUGGAUCUUUACCGUCAGAAACUAGUUCUUUAUCCACAAGCGGAUCUGUUCCAUCAGGAUCCAGCUCAAUUACUUCAGUUGUUCAAUACACUACCUCGACAGCUUAUUUUACCACAGUUUAUACGGUUACCUCUUGUGCCGCAACUGUGACUGAUUGUCCGGCAAGAAUUGGUUCCGUAACGACCGAAACGAUUUCAUCACACACCACUAUCUGCCUGGUCACUGCUACUGCCACAUCUUCUGCUGAGGGAGUUUCUGUGUCGUUACAAUCUUCAGCACAGGGACUUAGUCUUUCGCCAACACCAGCUUCAUCGGCACAGGAACCUCCAACAUCUUCAGUAUCAUUAUCUUCAACCCAAGGACUUGCUAUAUCACCAAUCACUUCGGUUGUUCAAUACACCACUUCCACAGCCUAUGUCACCUCCGUCUACACAAUCAAAUCAUGCGCAGCAACAGUUACUGACUGUCCAGCAAGAAUUGGUUCCGUAACCACCGAGACAAUCUACUCUUACACUACCAUUUGUCCUGUAACAGAGACCAGUGGAAAUAGUGGUGUUGUUAGCUCAACUUCUUCGGCUAUAGUACCAACUCAAACGACAGCAUUUACUUCGUACGGAACUUCAACGGUUUAUCAGAAAUCCGUUUAUACUAUCACUUCAUGUGCACCAAGUGUGACGGAUUGUCCGGCUAGAUCGGGUCAAGUGACAACUGAGACUAUUUCAUCAUACACACCUGUGUACACGAUUACCCUUUCUAGCGCUCCUGUUAGUGUUCCUACAUCGCGAGCUUCUUCCGCUGCUAGAAUCGAAACUUUGAUUCCAGUUGUUGGAACGUCAUCUGUAGCCGGUGUAUCAUCAGCAACCCCCGCUUCAGGAUCCAGCGCCACUGGAAUUGUGACUUCCUUACCCAUAGUCAGUGCCUCUUCAAUCGCUGAUGAAUCAUCACCAGCUGCCACUCCUGAAGUCUCCCUAUCAUACCUCUACACAACCCAAAUCUCCACCCUAAUUAACUCCCAAACUACAACCAUCUCCGCUGUCAUUGUUCCAUCCACCAUCACUGUCAUUCCCGUUCCAAUAGCACCGACGACUUCUGUUCCAGCAUACAGCAGCAUUGCGCCUCCUUAUGGUGCUGGUAACGGUACUUUGGCGGUAUCUGUAACUUUGAUUACUACUGCAUCUUCUGUUAGUAUUACUUUUGUGCCUAUACCUAGUUCCUAUAUCGUUAAAGCAGAAGGAGAGAGUACGAAGAGUGGAAGUGGAAUUUCGAAAACGCAAUCAGCGGUAACGAGCCCCGCUCCUUCUGCUGUUACGUUCGAGGGUGGUGCGGGGAGAAUGUUUGAGAAGAUGGGUGUGUGGACUGGGUUGUUUAUGAUUGGUUUGGUGUUUUUGGUUUAGAUAUUUGUGUUAUGAUAAUGAGAUUUGUGUAGGAUAGAUAGAUAGAGGGGGUAUUCUCAGGGCGAGUGUAUUUAUGAUAUAUUUAGCAGAUCAAAUGUU